CUGUCUAUCUGUCUGUCUGUUUUCGAAAUAGAACUUUGUGCCGAUGUGCAGCAGUUCAAAAGCUAGUGGUAAGCACUUUGUAUCGUUUUCUGCUGCUUCACUUUACACGAAUGUCCCCUUCAAGGAAACGAUCGACUUUAUUUGUGAUGUAGCGAAUGAUUGUCAUAUACAUGGGCACUAUCUAAGGAAGUUACUGAAUAUGUGUACUAAAGAGGUACAUUUGAUGAAUAACGGACAUUUUCAAAUAGAUGGUGAAGAGACGGGAAGCCUACUGGGGUCCCUAUUUGCAGAUAUACUUUUGGUAAUUCUAGAAUAUACUGUCUUAAAGGAUUAUAAAGAUGAAGCUGGAAUAUACCUAUGGCUUAUGUAUAACAUAUUCCCAAUAAGCAAAUAUAAGACUGAAGCCAAGAUAAUGUUAAAAAAGUUUAAUUCACGUGGUGCUAGUAUAGAAUUCAAAUGAAGAUAAUGACACCAUACACUUCUUGGAUAAGAAUCUGCUUAAACGAAUUGAUAGAAAUAUAGAGAGAUCUAUAGGUCUGAAAGCAAUAUCGACGGGAAAAUUCGUACAUUUGCAAUAGCUUCGUCUUAGUCCAGGACAAAAGGAGUCUGGUUAGCACAUGAUUGUACAGAACAAGGAGAAUGUAUUCAAGUAGCACACUAGGACACGGAAAAAGUUUUGUGCGAGACACUAGUGGCAAAUGGUUAUUCGGAAAUACAUAAGUAUGCAAAAGAUGAAGUAAUAUCAGAGACUAAUUCUAAUACGAAGAUAGACGUAAAGUUACCAUUCAAGGGUGAAGACGCCACCCAACUAGUGAAACGUCGUCUGGAGACAGCAAUUAAACGAAUCUUUC